UUCUGCACAUGCACAGUGGCGCAGGAUUCACCCAGGAGUACCUGGUGCUGCAUGGUCUGGCCCUGAGUCCAACUGUAAUAUAAAGUAAUAAUUAUGAGAAUGUGCAAAGUUAGGCCCUGAAUCUGUGGAAAAAAAUCUAGAACAUGGUAGGAUUCAUAGUUAUCUGACAUCUAUUUUUAUUGUGCAGGAAAACUGAGAAGUGCAAAGGUCUGAGCUUUCAAAUAUGUUAUAUAAUCAAUGGAAUUUCAUCUUAUGCCAACACAUUGAGUAAAGAGUGAAAAGAGUCCCAAGUCCAUAUACAACACUACACCCACACGGCUUCUGUUUUCAGCAAAUUAUGAAUUAACUGGUAUGUUAUAAAGUUCUCUACUUCCAGAUCAAAUUCCAACAUACUUGAAAAGCAGCAAGCAUAACACCAGAUUUGAAAAGUAGCACAAAACAUACCAGAUAAUUGCAGUGGAGACGACCAUAAACUAUUUUCUAAUUGGGAAGGAAGCUUUGAGGAAGGUAUUUCAAAAAUGACAAAGUUGAUGUUGAUUGAUGUUGAUUGUGGAGUUGAUGAUGCUCAAGCCAUAAUGAUGGCGCUGGCAUCUCCCAGUGUUGAAAUCCUGGGAAUUACUUGCUGUUAUGGAAACACAGUGUUGGAAAACGUCUGCAAAAAUGUACUCCGUGUGCUACAAGUUUGUAAAAGGCUUGAGAUUCCAGUUUAUCAAGGUGCUUCUGCUCCCUUACUUGGUGGUCCUGUGGAAGGGGCUUUCUUUCAUGGAAGAGAUGGUUUGGGUGAUGUUCCUGUUUCGAAUGCUCCAGGAUUAGACCAUCUACAGAAAGAACAUGCUGUGAUUGCAAUGUUAAGAAUUGUUAAUGAGAAGCCUGGUCAGAUUUCUCUAGUUGCCACUGGUCCUUUGACUAAUCUAGCUUUGGCAGUGAAAUUGGAUCCAACAUUUCCUAAGAAGCUUAAAAAUAUGUUCAUUAUGGGAGGAAAUGUAGAAUCCAGAGGAAAUGUUACAGUCUGUGGAGAAUUCAAUUUUGCAACUGAUCCAGAAGCUGCGUAUGUUGUCUUAAAUGAGUUCACUUGCCCUACUUAUAUUGCAACAUGGGAAUUUACAUGUCGCAAUUCAUUGUCUUGGGAAUUCUAUCAUGAGUGGAUUAAUCAGGACACCAAAAAAGCUAAGUUCACAGAGAAAAUAUUUGCCCACAGUAUAAAAUUCAUAAAGUCAGAACACGAAAAUACAGGCAAAAUCUUAUGGACUCCAGGAUUUGUGUCUUGUGAUUCCUAUGCUAUGGCUGCUGCAAUUGACGAGAGCUUUGUCACAGAAGCCAUAGAAGCUGCUGUAAGUGUGGAGCUGAAUGGCUCACUAACUAGAGGAAUGAUGGUAAUGGAUAUAAAUGGUCUUCUUAAGAAGAAAAAUAAAGCUUUUGUCAUUAAUAAGUGUGAUUUAGAGAAGUUCAAGGAACUUCUCAUUGCUGCUUUAAAAUAACAUUUGGCUGUGUGAUAAAUUUCCCAAUCUUGUUAAUUUUGAACUGUAACUGUAGGUCUAGUUACAGUGGUACAGAUAACUUCAGAUUCAUAGCUACUAUCAGACAACAUACAAUUAUUUUUAGUUAAUAACUUUCUCUUAUGUCAGAUUUCCAACAAAGUGCAUUCAAGUAAAUAUGAAAAGGACCCAUUUAAAUCUAUAAUAGUCAGAGAAUUCGAAGUGCAAGUUAAAAUGGCAGCCUAAUUGUUAGAUAACUCUGAAUGCACUUAUUACCUGGUAGGCCAGUACCCUAGUUUAGCAUGUAAAUACUUUACUUACCCAAGUUUCAAAAAAUGCAUUUACUCAGUAGACAGAAACAGCAAUAAAAGAGCAUUGAAAUCUAGAAUAUACAUAUAAAUUAUGAUCUGUCAUCAGUUUGUAAGAUGGAGAAGAUAGACUUCUAAUUCUCACUGCUUUAUUAUUAUGGAAAAACAAGCCAAUUUUUACUUAGAGAAUCUAGAUUAAGGAUUUGCAAAGUAUUAUUUAAAAGCCACUUUAAGAUCCAGGAGCUCAACAUGUAAUGAUAAAAUUUAAAACACAUUUUUGAAAAUUUGUAAAAAGGGAAGAUGUAGAAGAAUUUGAAGGACCAUGGUCUUGGGAAACAAAACUGUUUAACUUCAGUUUACUAAUUUGAAUAUGGCCCAGAAAUGUAGUGAAUGAAAGUUUAUCAUCGGACAUCUGUUAUGUAUCUUAUUUAAAGUGGUUUUGUAACCUGAGUCCAGUUUACACAACAAAAAAGCACGCUUGUUUGUAGAUUCUGCAGAAUGAACAGCCCUGAAGACACAAGUAAAUGAGCAGUUACUUCAGAAGCUGCAGAGCCAUGUGCAGGGCCGGCUCCAGGGUUUUGGCUGCCCCAAGCAGCCAAAAAAAAAA